AUGGCCCAAGAUGAAGGUAACAUUCUCCAUCAGAGAAAAUGGGGAGACUGUUCCAACAGACUUGAAGGACCCACCAGUGGUGCUCUAUGGACCCCACCGUCAAUGGAAAGGGCUCCUCGACACUCAUCCGGUGGAUCUUUUGGUGAUCGAGAAAGGCCACUACACUUGACUAAGUGGCGGCCCCAAUCGAGAACCAUGGGAGGACAUGGUGGAUUCCGUGCCUCCCAAACACACAGACCAAAGGUUAUCAUUGAAUCCUGGCGCUCGGACCCAACUUUGUGGCAGUACGGACCAACAAGCAAACCUACAACUACUAGAUGGAGAGAAGCUGGCUACAAUAUCAAUUGCCGUACUAUCAAGGCAACAGCAAUAGGAGGUGCCGUCACCCAAGAACGGCUACUGGUGGUUCGGACAAGAAUUGAUUGUCGGGCACAAUGGACAUGGGACAGUUUAGAUCGAGAUCUGUCUGUGAUCCGACCUAUGGGAAAUCUCCUCACGCCACCGGGAUUGGUACCGCGCAACUCCUACUCCCAAUCUGGCAGUGCACACACACCCCACUCCCUACAUGACCCGAUGCCUAACCAAAUAGGAGCAUGGAUCAAAACGGAGAAGGGUGUUCGACGACUCAUGAAGGAAGAAGUUGCACAGGGACUGGGCAUCCCCAAAGGCUGCGAAACUGAGCUGGACCAAAGACCGGGAACCACCAUCACACUCGACAACGAUGUGUUCAAUUGGCAUCCCCCAGAUCUUUCCUUGGGUAGCCCCUGGCACACACUACGACUCGCCAACCUCCCCUGGGCCGCUGACCAUUAUCCGGAACCAGACAACAUCUACUGGGAUGGCAUCCAACGACUAGCCGUCCACCGGAACAACUACAACUCAGAGGGACCGGACCCCAAACGACUUCAACUUUUAUGGUGGGAGUUCCCGUCUGAGCACUGGGGGGAACUACGAAAUGGGGCACGCCAGAAUUUCCUGAAACAGCCAGAUCCCUGCCUCCGACCCAACGCUCCAAUGGAUGAAGAAAUGCUAGAGGCUGCUGUCCAAUUUGUGGACGAACUUGUUGAACUUGGGGUACUUCCAAGCAUCGAUGAAGGACUGACCGUCCUCACCAACGCCCCUCUAUUUGUGGUCGGGAAGGAUGGCCAACCGGGACAAUGGCGGGUAAUUGCCGACAUGCUACGGGGUGGUCAGAACGAUUGUGUUGGGCAGGACCCUGUCUUCAUGCCCAGGAUUGCUCACAUUGUGGACCAAAUGUACACUGAAGGAUACUCUGCAGUGGUUGACCUGUCCAAGUUCUUUUACAAUUUUCCGACACACCCAGAUGACUGA